AAACUGUUGUCAUAUAAUGCAAAGACUCCUACGUUGGCCGAAAUUCUGGAGUCUUUGGUCAAUCCAAAGUGAUCUUCUUGUAGAUUACCGGAAACCCCAAAGCCUUGGAUGCAAAUUUAAAAGAAAAAGAGAGAUUGUUUACUACAAUUUUUCACUUGGAAAAACAAAAUCUGUUCUUUCCCACGUGAGUUGAGAAAACAAAACUUGAGAAUUUUUCUUUGCCCGUGAAGGAAUUGUUUUUUCUGGUGUUUACCUAUGCAGAAACCAGCUAUACAAUGGUAGAAUUUGAGAUGUGUAUAUAAAGGGAAAGGCCUUGAGCUGAAUAUCUACGGCACUUUUCGGUUCCAUUCGAACACAAUUUUGCUUUGAAACUUGUUUAUUUUGAUUCUAUGAUAAGGUCUAGCAAUGGUGCCAUCGAAAAUGGAGAAGAAAUAUGUGUUUCCCAUUGUGAUAAGUUCUCUUGUAUGCGCGUUUAUUCUCUUCACUUCCUUGAACAUGGGGCUUGUUUCUUCGGUUAACAAAAUCAACUCAAUCUUCCCCAUCUCUAUGACUCAAAGGAAAUCGGGAUAUGUUGAAUUGAAGGUCGAGCUAGAUACACCUCGGCCUCCGCCUCCUGGUCCGGCAUUACCUCGUUUUGCUUAUUUGGUUUCCGGUUCAAAAGGUGAUCUGGAAUUGCUUUGGAGAACCCUUCAUGCCCUGUAUCAUCCACGGAAUGAAUAUGUGGUUCAUUUGGACCUUGAGGCGCCUCUAGAGGAAAGAAUGGCACUCGCUUCUCGGAUCGAUAACCAUACCGUUUUCUCUAAAGUCGGGAAUGUUUAUAUGAUCACUAAGGCUAAUAUGGUUACUUACAGAGGGCCAACAAUGGUUGCUAAUACACUCCAUGCUUGUGCCAUUCUUCUUAAGAGAAAUAAAGAUUGGGAUUGGUUUAUCAAUCUCAGUGCAUCAGAUUAUCCUUUAGUGACUCAAGAUGAUCUUAUUUAUACAUUUACGAAUUUAAGCCGGGACCUUAAUUUUAUCGAGCACACAAGCAAUCUUGGUUGGAAAGCGGGUCAAAGAGCUAUGCCUUUGAUUGUAGAUCCUGGACUCUAUUUGUCAACAAAGUCUGAUAUAUAUCCGGCCACACCGCGAAGAGCAUUGCCUACAGCAUUUAAAUUAUUCACCGGUUCGGCAUGGAUGGUUCUGUCUCGUUCAUUCGUAGAAUUCUGUGUUUGGGGUUGGGAUAACCUACCAAGAACACUUCUCAUGUACUACACAAACUUUGUCUCCUCCCCUGAAGGCUACUUUCAGACGGUCGUAUGCAAUGUUCCUGAGUUCGCAAAGACGGUUGUCAACCAUGAUAUGCAUUAUAUUUCGUGGGAUACUCCCCCGAAACAACACCCGCACAUCCUUAACAUUAACGACACGGAUAAGAUUAUUAGAAGUAAUGCACCAUUUGCCCGGAAAUUCAUACAUGAUGAUCCUGUCUUGGAUAAGAUCGAUACGGAUUUGCUUGGCAGGGAAAACAGAAGCUUCACUCCGGGUGCUUGGUGUUCCGGCAAACCGACAUGUUCGGAAGUUGGGGAUUCGAACAAGAUCAGACCGGGUCCAGGAGUUCAAAGGCUUAACCAACUUGUAACUAGGUUAGUUAUGAAAGCUAAUAAUGGUCAAGAUCAGUGUAGAUAGGUCCUAGUGGAGAAGUCCCAUUAAUGAGGCAUAGAACAGAUUAAGCAUUUGUAUCUAAUAGAACUUCAAUAAGAGCACU